UGGUGCUGGCAAUCGGGCUACUUUUGGCGUCCGAGUGGUCAGCGUUGUGACUUACCGGCCACGUGACCUUGGGGAAGUUCGCCAAUCACUUUCAAGUUUCUGUUUUUUUGUCGUGCACUGAAGACCUCCAGUGGCCGGGAACCGCGAGCACUUGCAAGUCCCGCAGCCCCUGCGCGUGCUUCGCCCAGGUAGAGUUGGAACCAGAGAGCUCCUUGAAGUCAAGGCCUUGCCCAAGGAAUUUUCCAAGUGCGGCACAUGCCAGGACCUGUGAUCAGUCCAGCAGGACAGGGUGGGAUUUGAAGAUCAACUUCAGCUCUUGCCAUGGCAGGCCUGCCCCUUCGAGUGGCCACCCUUCUGACUGGACUGCUGGAAUGCCUUUGCUUUGCGGGGGUCCUUUUUGGCUGGACGUCUCUGGUAUACGUCUUCAAAGCAGAGUAUUACUUUAAGGAUCUUUGCAACUAUGAACCCCUGAGCAAUGCCACCAGGCAGGCUGAUUGCAAAGCACAAUCUGACAUGUUCUUGCUCAUCUUCACUGUGGCGUCCUUCAUGAACAACUUCAUGGCCUUCCCGGCUGGCUACAUCUUUGACCGGUUCAAGACCACCGUGGCCCGCCUCAUAGCCAUAUUUUUAUACACCAGUGCCACACUAACCAUUGCCUUCACCUCUGCAGAUUUGGCCCAGCUGCUCUUCCUGGCCAUGCCCAUGCUCACGGUUGGGGGGAUUCUGUUUCUCAUCACGAACCUCCAGGUUGGGAACCUAUUUGGCAAACACUGUUCAACCAUCAUCACCCUCUACAAUGGGGCAUUUGACUCUUCCUCAGCCGUCUUUCUUAUUGUUAAGCUUCUCUAUGAACGGGACAUCAAACUCAGGACCUCCUUCCUUUUCCUGUCUGUCUGCAGUGUCUGGCAUGUUGGGCGUACGUUUCUCCUGAUGCCCCGGGGGCACAUCCCCUACCCAGUGCCUCCUGACUACAGCUAUGGCUUGUGUUUGAGAUUUGGCACCAGAAAGGAAAAGAGGACAGCUGAGCAUGAAGUCAGGGAGCUUCAGUCAAAGGAGUUCCUUCCAUCGCAGGAAGAGAACCCAGGACCAGGGCAGCAGCAGGAGCUGCGCUCUUUCCGGAGCUGUGUGCUCUCUCGGCGCUUUGCCUGGCACCUGGUGUGGCUGUCUGUGGUACAGUUGUGGCAUUACUUCUUCAUUGGUACCCUCAACUCCCUACUAACCAAACUGGCUGGUGAUGACAGGGAGCAAGUCAGCCCCUACACCAAUGCCUUUGCCAUCACCCAGUUCUUUGGGGUGUUGUGUGCCCCCUGGAAUGGCAUGCUCAUGGAUCACCUCAAGCAGAAGUACCAGAAGGAAGCAAAACAGACAGUGCCCUCACUGGCCCUGACAUCGCUGCUAUGCCUGGGAUUUGCUCUGUGUGCCUCCAUCCCUGUCCUCCAACUGCAGUAUGCCACCUUUAUCCUGCAAGUGCUCAGCCGCUCCUUCCUCUAUGGGGGCAAUGCUGCCUUCCUCACGCAGGCCUUUCCUGCUGAACACUUUGGAAAGCUCUUUGGGCUGGUGAUGGCCUUGUCGGCCAUUGUGUCUCUGAUCCAGUUCCCCAUCGCCACACGCAGCCAGAGUGACCCUCUAUAUGUGAGUGUGGGGCUACUGUUGGCCAGCCUCCUGACGUUCGUCCAUCCCUUCCUGGUGUACCGUGAGUGCCGUGCUCAGAAAGCAAGCCCCUCCGCAAGCAGCUAGUUCCGCGGCCUUCACUCUACAGCCCUGCAGAUGCGUCUCCUAAACUGUCCACCCUUGUGAGCUCGUUGUGUCCACCAAGACUUUGCCUGCCCAGGCUACUUGUAUUAAAUAUCCAUUACUCUUUUCUUAACUGCUAUCCAA